AUGCCUCGACGGACAACAACAGCCUCUACAGCACUAGGCACAGACGACAGCGGCGUUUCCUCCCCCGCGACGGAUAGACGUUCGACGCGUGUGAGGUCGAAGCCGCAGCCGCUGUAUACGCCGCAGAAUACUACACCGGCGGGAAAGAGGAAGAGGGGCGGGGAAGCCUCUGAUGAGGAAGAGAGUGAAGAGGAGGAGGACGAUGAGAGUGAGGAAGAGAGUGAAGAGGAGGAGGAGCUUCGUGAGCCCAAGUCCAAGGGCGGUGCUGGAGGACGUGUCCGUAAAGCUGCCUCUACACCCAAACGCACCCCCGCCCGCACCGGCAAACCCGGCAAGAAAGCUCGUAUCAAUGCGCCUCACACCGAACACGAAGAGUUGGAAGAAAUGGACUCACCCCUUUAUGACGCACUCCUCGACCCGGAUGCCGCCCUGGAGUCCACGAUUAACGAUUGGUUGGAUUCGUAUGCUGAGGCGAGUGGAGAGGCAAUCACGGAGAUGGUCAAUUUCAUCUUGAAGUGUUGCGCGUGUAACACACCCAUUACCGCAUACGACGUCGAAGACGCGGAUUCCGCCACGCAGACACUGGCGCAGAUUCAGGAAGUUGUGAGGGAGAAGGCGAGAAGGGAGUACCCCCUCGUGAGCAAGAAACCCGAGUUCAAGAGGUUUAGGAAAAGUUUGGGGGAUUUCCUGAGGAGGUUGGUGGGGGCUGCGGCGGGGAGGGGCGUGCUUUGGGAUGGGAUUUUGUUGGAGAGUUUACAGACUUGGAUUGGUGCGUUGAGUUCGUCUACGUUUCGGCCGAUGAGGCAUACGUCUACGGUUAUGUCACUCAAUAUCGUGUCGGCACUUUGUGAUCUUCUCGGAAAGCUGAAGAAAGAGGAAUCGACCGCGACCAGGCAGCUCGAGGCGGAACAGAAAAAGGCGAGGGCGAAUGAGACGAAGGUCAAGACGCUUGAGAGGAAGACCGCGGAGAUUGGAGAACAGGUCGAGACUGUGAGUGGGAUGGUGUCGGAUACGUUUGAUGUCGUCUUUGUUCACCGAUACCGUGAUGUCUUCCCGCAGAUUCGGACAGAGUGUAUCCGUGAACUCGGUGGUUGGAUGCUCAAGUUACCGUCCAUGUUUCUGGAGGGACAGUAUUUACGCUACCUCGGCUGGGUCUUGUCGGAUACGAAUGCGGCGACGAGACAUGAGGUCGUGAAGGUAUUGGGGAGGUUGUAUGCUGAUGAUAAUAAUGUUGCGUCUCUGAGGCAUUUCACGGAGAGGUUUAAGCCAAGGAUUAUUGAGAUGGCGGAGAGGGAGGCUGAUACGUCUGUUCGUGCCACUGCAAUCGGGCUGCUCAACAACAUCCGUGCUCGGGGCUUCCUUGAAUCUGAAGAGGUCGAGAAAAUCGCUGUGUUGAUUUUCGAUAAAGAUAUCAAAAUUCGUGCGGCUGCUGCGCCGAUUUUCUUGGCGCAGGUUGCGGAGGGCGUGGAGGAGAAGACGGAGGUUGUGGGUGGUGUGGAGGAGGUUGAGGGCGAGGGUGAGAAGUGGGGGGUGUGGGUCAGGUUUAAGUGUCUUGCGGAGGUGUUGGGGAGGUUUGAUGGAUCUAUAGGGGUUGACACACAAGAAGAGGAGGACGAGGAGGAGAGAGAGAGGGAGGUAGUGAGGUUGGGGGCGGAGGGGAAGGCGACGAGUCGUGUCUAUCUUGCCACGACGGCGUUGUGGGAGGGAUUCGAAGAGAUGCAGGAUUGGGAGAAUUUGGCGGAGUAUCUGUUGUUUGAUCAUUCUGCUGGGGAGGAGGGGAUUUUGUUGCAGGUUCUCAGGGCGAGCGUUAGGAGUGCGAUCACGCACGCUGAACAGACCGCGGCGCAUAACAAGAAGAAGAGUGAUGAGGCGAAGAAUGUUGAGGAGGAGGUGUCGAGGGCACUGGUGGGUUUGUUGCCGAAGUUGAUGCAGAAAUUUGGGGGAUCGCCGGGGACUGCGUCGGAUGUGUUGAGGUUGCAGCAGUUGAUGAAGUUGGAUAUUUAUCAGAUAUUGAGGCAGGAUGCGGCGUAUGAGGCCCUUCUCGAUGAUAUCGGGCGUGCGUUCUUCAAGCAUACGGAUGAAAACGUCUUGCGGGAGGCUGCGGCUGCCUUGUUGCGUGCACAGACGUUCGAGAAUAUGAGUACGCUUACGGAGGCGAAAAUCAUUGAAAUCCAGGAUGAGAGCGUGAGUGGGUUGAGACGUCUUGUCAAGGGGAAGGCAUUGGCGACGGAUGCGUUUCGGGAGGAGGAGUUGAGGGAUGUGGAGACUGCGGUUAGGAGACUGGAGUUGUUGAUUGCUGCGACGAAUUGUUUGAAUUCGAUGGAGGAGGAGGAUGGUGGGUUGUCUGGGGUCAGUGUGCUGGUACAGAUUGUUGAGAGAGGUGUUGCGUUAGAUGAUGAUGAGACUGUACUCAUCGUGUCUGCGAUGAAGAGUUUGAGGUGGUACUUUAUGUGGAAGAUUCAGACGCUGGCUUCUACGUCACAAUCCCCUGCCGACGACCGCGAUGCCCGACAGAUGCGCGAAACCCGCGACACGGUUCUCGAUAUCCUCGUCCAGAUUCUGGCA